UGCGACCUCGUGUAAAAGGAAGAAAAAAUUUUUUUGUUGCGACCCACCCACCAAGUUGUAAAGUGCUUGAAUUUUAUCCGUAUUACUAUCAAAGAACUCUACGAAAAAUAUGCCAGAAUAUGAUUCACAACACACAGAUAUCAGUGAUAUCGAUGUCCAUGGAAAGAAAGCUCGCUUUACUGCAGGAAAAGUUUGGAGUUCUACAACUCCUCCGGGCAGCCGUACUCUCGAACUCGACGGCGUUAUCGAGGUUUUAAAGGAAUACGAUUCUGUGGAAGGCAACGAUAUAAACUGUUCUAUUUGUGGAAAGCUAUACAAAAGUAAAGUAUGCUUUACGAAACAUUUAUGGGAGCAUAGUAUAUAUUGGGAUACUUUUGACGGCGUUAAAAAUCAAGAACGAGUACUCUCCAUACAAGCUGCAAUAAUUCUAUCGCAACCAUAUUUGGAAUUUUUGUUAGUUACGUCGCCUUCGUCGAACGAAAAAAGAAAAGACGAUGUUGUGAAAAAUAGUGGGCAGAGAAAAAUGGCGUCGAGAAAAAGAAGUAGGGGUUCAGAAUCUUCAGUCGAAUUAUAAUUUUUCUUAGUGUGG